GCCUGCCGGGGAAGGAGUGGCGAUGUCAGUGCCCUCAGGUGAACGAGAAGACGGAAGACAAACCGAAACUCACGGUAAGAGCAGAAGAUCCCUGAACAUCUUUAUGGAUUAAAUAUGAGUUAAACAGAAAGAAGCUCCUCACAAUGGUGAAUUCGGGUGUUUGUUGCGGGAGUCUGAAGGAUGAUAAGAUCCUGAUGAAGAUGGGAUUGGGACUGGUGCUGGUCGGUCAUGUGAACUUUUUACUAGGGGCUCUCGUACAUGGAGCUGUGCUUAGACACAUAAAGGUUUUCACCAUGGACCGGCAACUUGUCUAUCCCAUCGCCAAUGUCAUCGCUCUUGUGGCAGGACUGAUGGCCAUUAUUGCUGGAAUCUCAGCCAUUGUCCUGUCUAAAAACAAGAAGAACCAGGUGCUGAGUUGGUUUUUAUUGUUUGUGAGUGUCCUGGCCGUUCUCAUUGGUGGAGCCUCUGCAGUGGGCAUCAGUGUUGCCACAGUGAGGGCCAUACUGUAUGAAGGCCAAACUCUUUUUACCUACUGCCAGCUGCCAUCCAACAUCAGUAAUAUAGCAUACUAUAGCAUCACAAAUGAAUGCCCCUUUGAUCCAACACGUGUCUAUGGUACGACAUUAAUCCUUUGGGUUCCGUUGAUUUUGAUGUCAGUGGUGGAGGUCGUCUUCUCAUUCCGAUGUUUUUUAGCCUGCACCACUUUUCUCCGCAUGCGCUGCCCGUGGAGGAAAAAUAUCAACAGACGGGUUCAAGUGCAGAUCCAGGAGCCAGAGGAAACUGGAAGACACAAUGGCCCAAAUGACGAGCCAACAGAACAUUAUGAACUUCUUGGCAAAGACGGUCAUGCUGUACUAGAGACUGUUGUAGAGACUAGUGAUCGGCUAUGAUUCGUAAGCCUGUGCCAAGUGACAAUAAAUGCGGUUAUGUGUUUGAUAUAUGACAGAGGACAAUGCAAUACAAGGUGACAUGAACGUGGAAAAGCGCCCAAAGGUACCAACGUGAUAAGAGGGUGACUUAGUUUGGCACUAAUGAUGGGUGUUAGUCUUUUGUAAAGUGAACAAGGUUCACGCAUAGGUGAUGUGUGUUUGUUGCAUAUUUUAUACUGAUGGGAAUGCAUGUUACAUUUAUGUAAAUUGUUUGUAUUCAAAACUGUUUCUGCAAUGCCUCCUAUUAGGAGUGAUGAGUCAAAACUAAAAAGUUCCCGGCAAUAACUUGUGACCC